AUGGCCGACGAUACUAGCAAUCCCCCCGGUGCGCCGCGAUUCCUCGAACCUCCCGCCAUCACAGCUCUGAAGCAGCAAGCUCGCGAUGUCCCGCCUCCCGGCCCUGCACCCAUGGUGCGCUCCCUGAGUCAGGAUAUCAGGGAGGAACGACAAGACCUACAGGAAGCGGCCGAGCAAACUCUGAACGUCAUACUCGACCUGGCUCUUGACGGACGGAUCAAUUGGGUCAGCCCUUCGUGGCUUGAAGUAAUCGGCACACCGAUCGAUACAGUGGAGGGCAAAUACAUCCAAGAUAUCAUCAUUGACAACAAGACUGCCUUUGAAGAUGUUUUCGAGUCAAUGAAGAAGGAUGAUUCCAGAAGCCAUAUCGUUCGGUUUGCGAUCAAAACUGGCCCUGCCUCCGUCUUUCGGCAGAAUCUGGCCCAGGAACCGGUGGGGGGUGAAGAGAUAGAAGGGACCAUAGCUGAACCGACAGAUGAAGUGGAUGAGAAUGUUCUCAAUUUGGAAGGACAAGGUAUCAUGGUCUACGAUAAGCCAUCGAGUGGCGAAGGUCAUACGAUGUGGAUGUUACGGCCAUCGACUCAGCCGCGAGAAGUCACUAUUGGCCUGCCGUCACUCCUCGUCGAAUCGCUUGGUGUUGGUGCAGAAGUAUUAGCCAACUAUCUCACGGAACUUGCAGAAGUGGGCGUUAAUGAUCCGGCUCACCAUCCUCCGCCUAUGCCAGUUCUUUGUCGUAUUUGCGAGAGGCAAAUCACCCCGUGGUGGUUCGAAAAACAUUCCGAGCUUUGCCUCCAAGAACAUCGGUCGGAGAUGGACGUUCAGUUGGCUCAAGACAAUUUGAAUGAACAUCGUCACUCGAUUGUCAAAGUGCUAGAUGCCCUUGAGGCUCGGAAAGCCAGACCGGGCCACACAGACGGACCCCAAGCUGAAUAUAAAAACUUGCCCAUCGGCCCCAGCCCGUCCUCAUCUGGCCUGAUCUCUGGCUCGUCGUCAUCCUCUGGAACACCGCCUCGCUCUCGUGAUCCCUCCACUUCCGGCUUAGGUCACACUCGAACUCGGUCCUCCUUCGCCGUUAGAAGGCCUCUAGCACGAAUCGUUGAGUUAAUCUUAGAUCUUUGCGAUACCGCCUUGGAAGUUAGCACUCCUGCACUAAAAGAGUCCAGGACCGAAUUCGGCGACGAAGUUCGAACACAAUCUCCGCAGUCUGAGUCCCGUAUAUCUCAAGUUGUGAGCUGGCAAUCCCCGAGUAGUAACACACUAGAGCAAGAGCAGGGUUUGGCGGCGCUGUCUGCAGAUACUGAACAACUGGCUCGAGCUAAAGUCGAUGCCGUUUUUCGUCAUCGGAGGAUCAUCGAGUACGCAGAACGUAUCCGUGUGGAGUUCGCUGUCCUCGUGGAGGAAUGUAUUGCUGCCGCAAUGGAUAAAGCAGAACGCGUAGCAGCCGGUGACCUGGACGAUUCGACCACCUCAUGCUCUAGCGAUGACGGAAACGAACCAGAGAAUUCCACAGCUUCCCCCGACGUGCAGUCCCAAGAUCAAGCUCCUUUAACAUCGAUUUCCACGACGGGCACUGCAUCAGAGCCUGCCUUAGACCAGACCUUAAGGCCACAACUGUCUCGCGGUUCAUCAUCUGUUGCAAUUUCAACACGUUCUAGUAGCCCGAUGGAGUGCCCAACACCCCGUUCCCACAAGAGCGUUGGUAUAUUGGGACAGCCAAUUUUGACGAAACGAGGUUCUCUCCUUGCUGAGAGUGAUGCGGCGGACAGUGACAGCAGUAUUCUUUCAUCAGUUUUGUCCACUGAACGUCAUACUGAAUCGCCGUCAUCCGAGCGAGGCAUCAGCCGUGCUACAAGUGCGAGAGAAAAUAAACGUCGAAGCCUCAUUCUUCCCGGACUUUCAAGCUCUCCGCGCAGGGAAUCUCCGGCAAGAAAUGCUCCAUCAUCCCCGUUACGGUUGAAUAAACCACGCCUUUCCACCGGAGAAGUAUUCCCAUCGCCAGCAACUUCACCGAUUCUUACGUCUAUAGACCUGGGGCCUCAUAACUCCUCGUUCUACGGGCCUCCGUACCGCCACCAUCAUCGACGACAAUCUUCUACUACAAAUUCGCCAGAACUAGGAAAGGCGCCAGUCUCACCCCAUCUAAGUUCUGUCAGCCAUCCGCCCCCACGUGCCGUGACGCCCUCUAUCAAAGACUUUGAAAUUAUUAAACCAAUAAGCAAGGGUGCUUUUGGGAGCGUCUAUCUAUCCAAAAAGAAAACGACACAGGAGUACUUUGCCAUCAAAGUUUUGAAAAAAGCUGACAUGGUUGCUAAAAAUCAAGUUACCAACGUGAAAGCCGAAAGAGCUAUCAUGAUGUGGCAGGGUGAAAGUGACUUCGUUGCAAAGCUAUAUUGGACUUUUGCUAGUAAGGAUUAUCUUUACCUGGUAAUGGAAUACCUCAAUGGAGGCGAUUGUGCUACGUUGAUCAAACAAUUGGAAGGCUUGCCGGAAGAAUGGGCGAUGAGAUAUACUGCUGAAGUUAUUCUCGGGGUUGAACAUUUGCAUAGCAGGGGGAUUGUUCAUCGAGACCUUAAGCCGGAUAAUCUUCUUAUAGAUCCACGUGGCCACUUGAAACUGACAGAUUUUGGUCUUUCGCGUAUGGGGCUGGUUGGUCGCCAAAAGCGAGUGCAAAAGAAUCCGAACGAUUCGGCCCCUGAUUUGCUCAAACAAGGCCCUUUCACCCGGACAACAUCGUUGGCGUCGUCACGUUCAGCAUCGUUUGAUUUCCCGGUGUCGCAGUCUCCCAACACGACCCCUUUGAUUCAUGCGGAGCUAGGAGGCCCAGGCCAACCAUCGUAUUUCAGUUUAAGCAAGGAACCGUUGUUCAAUCGUGAGCAGUCAAGAAGGCUAUCUGGGUACAGAAGUGACAGUGGAAGUAGCGACACCCUAGCUUCCCAGUUUAAGAGCUUACACCUCUUCGAGCCUGGGGAGACUCCUUAUCCUAUCUCGCAGCAUGCGGCACAACCGCAGCAAACCGCGUCCAUAGAGGAAGAAACUCAAAGUGAAGCAAGCGAUUCCCCGCAACUUUUCCCGGCCCAUCCGUCAAUCAGUUAUCAGCCAUCCUUCCCUAUUUUGCAUGGCACUUCGCAACAACCUCAAAUCCCCCCGGCAAUGGCUUUGUUUAACCCUGAAGAACAGAACCAAGGUUUCGUUGGGACUCCUGAUUACCUUGCACCAGAAACUAUUCAAGGAGUUUGUCAAGAUGAAAUGUGCGAUUGGUGGUCUCUUGGUUGUAUUCUCUUUGAGUUUAUCUACGGGUAUCCGCCAUUCAAUGCCCCAACAGCUGAUGAAGUGUUUCAAAACAUUUUGGGCAGGAAAAUAAAUUGGCCGGAAGGCUUUGAGGAAUAUUCGUCUGAAGAGUCUCGCGACUUGAUGAAUAAGCUCAUGACUUUGAAUCCCGAAGAGAGGUUGGGGUCAAAUUCCUCCGAGAAGUUUCCAAGUGGCGGUGCAGAAAUUCGCGCUCAUCCUUGGUUUUCUUCUCUGAACUGGGAUACGCUCCUGGAAGAUGACGGAUCUUUUGUACCCACCGUCUUGCAUCCAGAAGAUACCGAGUAUUUCGACCCAAGAGGAGCGACAAUGCAGGGCUUUACAGAGGAAUGCGAAGAUCAAAUUACUUCUCCUCCUGGAUCCUCAGGCCAAUAUCCUGAUAGGCCCCACGACGCACUGUUCAAAGUCAAAUCACAAGUGAGCUCUCUGAAACGUGGAAUGAUACCUCUUCACAUACCGCCUCAUAUUCGGGAUACUCGUACUCGCAGGCUUAGUGAGCCCGUUCUCGCAGAUGACUUUGGCAAUUUCAACUUCAAGAAUCUUCCUGUUCUGGAAAAGGCCAAUAAAGAUGUGAUACAAAAACUAAGGCAAGAAGCUAUGCAAGCUCAGCAGCGUUCUGUACCAUCGACAACACCGUCGACCACCUCCGGGCCUUCGCUAGAAGGAAGUCCAAUUGUACCAGGACCGCUGAAGCGAACCAUGUCUCAAAAUAAAGCCGUCAAUAGACCGGCUUCACCGUCAAGCCUUAGCCAAGCUAAUUCGUCUUCUCCCAGCCGCCCGUCCCAACCAUCAUCUCCACUUUUGGUGCAAUUUAGCACAGGGCAGCAUCACCACCACCAUGAAAGGCGAAAGACGUCUGGGUCAUCGUCGACAUUCUCGCAAUUCUCGCAGCAAUCUAUUGCAUCGUCCUUGCAGCCCGGCUCCUUUGAGCCUCCCCGGCUAGCAACAAAUCUUAAGAUGUCAGCAUCGGCUGCAUCCUCUCCAAUAAAGCACCCGAAGCUUCCGUCGCCGGAUAAACAAACUGGACUUCACCGCCAAAGCAGUGCGCCAACAUCGAGACAACGAUCUCAGACUAUUGGUUCUCAAGACAGUGAUGUAGCACUGCCCCGAGAACCUUUUGUUCCGGGGCAUCACAAACGAAGGAGCCAGCUUUUUGAUGUUUCGCCAUCUUCCUCUGACAACGAAGACCCACGUGCAAAAGCACUCCUUAAGGUGCAACGGCGAAGACAAAGCUCGCGAAGGCUUUCUCAAAUCAAUUUUGCCGAAGGUCCUUUCUUUCGUCCACUUGAUGUGCUUAUCUGUGAGGACCAUCCUGUCUCAAGGCUAGUGAUGGAACGACUCUUUGAAAAAUUGCGUUGCAGAACGAUUACGGCGGUGAAUGGCACGGAGGCAAUGCGGUUUGCUCUCAGCGAAGUGCAAUUUGAUAUCAUUAUGACCGAAUUUAAACUUCCUCAAAUCAACGGAGCCGAUGUAGCUCGUAUGGUCAGGGAUACUCGGAGCGCUAAUACCCACACGCCGAUUAUUGCAGUCACUGGCUAUCUAAAAGAUUUUCCGGAAACACAUCAUUUUGAUGCGCUAGUUGAGAAGCCUCCCACUCUUGAGAAGCUCGUCGAUGUUUUGUCAAAGUUUUGUCAAUGGAAACCACCGCCAAAUGAUGAAGAGUUAGCCCAGCAGCUUCAAAUCCCAGCAUCUGCACUUCGUCACGUUUCGCUUCGCCUUGAAGAUAGCCCAAGUUCAACCUCUUCGGGCCUCGCGGUGCCACCUAGCUCGUAUCGAGGCUCAAGCCGCGAGGAAUCGCUUGGAAGCAGUUAUUUUGGUGAUAUGGAGGCUCCAAAGUCGGAUGAUUCUCCUAUGAUCAUCAAUCGCAAUGUUGGGGAUGAAUGGAGUGGUGGUCGAACUGGCGGGCUUGGUAUCACUGAAGAACCCUCUUCCGUCAUCAAACCUAGGUUGAUAGAGUCGAAAAGCCCACCGUUAGUUCCAAGCCUGCUUACGGCAACAUCUGCGCCUGCAGCUUUUCAUUCAGGUGGUAUGCGAUCACUUCGACAACAGAGAUCCAUCGAAUGUAUUCGAGCAAAACGUGAAUCUAUGGAGACCAAGCGAUACGAAGGUGCUGAGUCAGGUGACGAUGAAGAUGAAGAGCUGGGUCGCGUGCAUAUGCGAAGCAACCGUAGUCCACAUGCUACCACCGGCAAGCAGCGGCGAUCAGGAUCGAAGCUUGGAACGGAAAUGCUCAGAACGAAUAGCCGCGGUAGUGUCGUUAGUGCUGGGGAGGAUAUCCUGAAGGAGCGGGAAGCGGAACCUAUGGAGCCCAGUGCUACUAAAAGCAUGGGCUCUCCUGAUUUUAUGGCGCCCGCGUCUCUAGACUCCAAAAUAGAGCAGUUGCAUAUUGGCGAGGAAGUUUUGGAGGUAUUGCCUGAGGUACCAGAGAAAGAGGAACCAUGCACUCCACCGGCUGAUACAACCAACGAGCAGAACUCCAAGGAUACCCAGCCGCUGCCACAUGAGCAAAAGGAGCUAGGAGAUGAAGCCGUGGACGUGAUUCCUGCUACAUCCGGACCUACAGACCAAACCAUUGUGCAACAAUCCCAGGCGCGCGGAACAGAAAUCGAGCAAGAAAACAUAACACCUCCCGGUACCGCGUGUGGGCCAACCGUCGUGACACCCGAAACGCAGCGUUCAAGCAAAACUGAAGAUACAGAGAGGACCCCGCGAGCUGCUCUCGGCGGCAAACCUGAUCUCCUACCGCUAGAAAAAGAUGAGUGCGAGGGCGAUGCUACUCUAAAUGCUCCUGAAAGGCACAGAGCACAUCAUACAAUUGAACGAGUCGUAGGGUGGAUGCGACGAGAAGGUCGUUAG